AUGCAAAACGAGCUCAGCGGAAAGCACGAAGUGCCAUGGCGUGAGGGGGUGCAUUGUCAGCGAUUCUUCCCUACCAGAUGUGCCAGCGGCUGGUUUGAAGUUGGCCGCAAGGCAAUCCCACAAAAGAAGUUAAGGUUCGACGAUAAAGGAGGAUGUAAAAGUCAGCAAGCAACUCGUCAGCGCAGGCACACUGUAGCUACAGAGGUUGCUCUGCAGGAGCAUUUGGAAGCCGCACUUGGUCGUCACCAGCAACAUCUCGAUGCUCAACAGCAGGCGCGCAUCUGUGCAAAGAAGAUGGGAAAUGGAUCUCUGGCAGUGAUGUCGCCAUGGCUAGAACGAACUCAGUGGCGCAGGAUUUAUAAGAAUGUACGCCGUGACCUGUUGAAGGCGAUGGUAAGACUACCCUUACGACACCCUAAAAGCCGACAAUGGGCGGCUCUCAAACUCGGCCAGGGAGUGGCCGAUGGGGAUGCGGAUUUCGUUAGCUCUCAGAUUUCGGAAGAACGAAUAGCAUGCGUGAUGAAGGCGGUUGAUCUUGUGAUCAACCGCUGCGAACGGACGGUGCUUCAAACCAGUCGUCUGAUCCGUUGCUGGAUAGUUACAUCCAGAACAAUGAACUACAACUCACGGUCAUUUGAAGUCAUGACGGAGCGUUCUACCAGACGGCGCUACCGAGAUUCAUGGAAGAAGUUCAUAGCAUUUCUUAUCCGGUCACACCACCUGCCGACAGAGGCAAAACAAGAAACAGGUAUUCUGAUUCCAAAUGAGAUUGUUCAGCUACUGUUGCAACUAGUCCAGCAUCAAAUAUGGGGCAUGUUCGAUGCCAGUGAAGGCCAGUGGCCGCCAGUGGAAGAUCACAGGUAUGCCAACACUGACGAGGUAUCAAGUAACUUUUCAAUUGGACUCCAAGAGCUAGAAGUACGAGCUCGACCUGAAACUCUGUACUGCACCGAUGCGACAGAUGGAAGCUCUUGCCCAAGCCAGAGCUCAGAUUUCGAUGAUUCUGAGUCCGACAUGAAUUCGUUUAGUACAAUAAGCGACGAAGAUUCAGGGCUGGAGAAUUAUGCACGCACUAACACGGCUAAUCGCGACCGGACCGUCGACCCACCCAACGGCGUCAAGAACGACCAGGACAAGGACCGCUUAGAAAUGGCAAGCAUUGACUUUCUGGAGCGACUGUUUGAGCUUUCCGUAGCUGUGUGCAAGCAAGAAGUCCGCGGUGGACCGCCCGGGUCCACUGUACUACUUUACUUUAGCGGCAUUUUCGGAUUCUCAAGUGAUUGCCAGCAGUUCAAACUGGGAAGAGACUUCUGUCCGUCUCUAUCAGGACUUAUAUACGUACAACGUCUCUUACUGCUCGAGUCGGCAUUGCCGCUAACGGCGUAUCCCAGCCUUAGUAUUCCACAGAGACCAGUAGACGGGCAGCUGGAGAUGAUUCAACGACUUUGCAACGGAGAGACCGUCGUUUAUUCUGCUGAAAUUAAGGAUGACCUGACAAAUCGAGACGUUGGCUACUCAUUUGUUAAGCACGAGGAAAAUGGAUUCCAAACGGCCACAAAGGAACUCCUCGCUCAACUAAGUAAGCCUCACGGACACCUACCAUCUCUCAUGACGCAUAAAAGCUGGCAAUGGAAAGCUGUGAAGCACUACCUGGGUAUGGUGACUCGUUUGCGAAGCUUGAUAUUUGGUGGCAAGUACACAAGUGGAGGCCAAACCCCGCGGCUACGCGAACUACAGUGGCUUCUACGCGAGAAUACGGCAUGGGCUUCAAGGGGAGUUUAUGUGUGGAAUGGCUCCGUGGUGUACAUUAUAAAGCACCACAAAGCAAAGCGCAUGACAAACAAGGAGUUCUAUGUGGUCCGAUUCCUGCCACUACGGCUUGGGCUGGUUGUUAUCAAGUACCUUGCGUUUAUUCAUCCUGUAGCAGAGGUUUUGCGUCGCGAGCUUCACGAACACAUGCAAAUAAGCGAGCCAUGGCAGCCCACUCAUUUGCUAUUUGGAAAAAAUGAAAAGCCAUGGGCAACGUCGAAAUGUACCUCGAUCAUACAAACAGCAGCACAUGCCGUAUGCAAGCAGAAGAUAACCAGCCAGAUGUACCGUCAAAUCGGUAUCGGCAUAACGGAAAAGAAAGUGCGAGAAGUCUACACCCCUUUCAAUCAAUAUGAUGAGAAAUGCCCCGCAGCCGACAAAAACGUGGUAUUUGCGAUGCAGAGCGGGCAUAAGGUUAUUCAACGUAAUGCGACAUACGGCCUUGAUGGUGCGUACUUGCUACCAUCACUGCUUCGUAUUUACGAAUGGGCUUCCACCAGAUGGCAUGAAUUCCUCCACCAGGCAAUCAAGGUGAAAAAAUAG